AUGGGGAAUGUGACGGAUUUGAUAAAUUCGCAACCACGAUCUUUAUCAAUUGACAACUUAGAAAAUCAUUCUCCAGCAUCGGGACGGCAUUCUUUAGGAAGUUCGCCUAUUAAUGUGGUAUCCAACGCCUUUCUGUCUCUCGAUUGCAAAGUUUUGGAUGACAGAUCUUCUGCACAUCAUAGAUCGGAUGAUACUUCUAACGACAGCGCGAGUAGCACUACGAAAAGUACUGAGACGACUGUUACCAGAAAUGGUUCCCAUUGCUCAGUGUGGUCCAGGCCAAAUCAGACAAGUGUAAAACCUAGGCCCUGGUCGGUUUCUGGUGCCGACAGACAGAAUACUGACUUCCAAUUCUACGAUGAACAACUAUCACCGUCAUCUCAUAAUAACGACUCACUGCUCAUGGACGGCAUGGAUAAUGAAUUGACUGGUAUCAACAAAAAUAUGGUCGGUACAGCAACCGGUGGUAGUAUACUGGGUAUUAGUCCUGGUACGAUUGGGACAAGUCUGGUUGGAGGAAGUAUUGUUGGAAUUACGCCUGGUGCUGCUUUAGAACGACGAAGUGUGAAAGAAUUAGCUGCAGGUUUGAACCGUAUAGAAAACCCUAGAGAUUUGCCUCCAAAGUCUUUAGACAACAUACCACGUAAAUCAAUUUCUAAAAGCAAAUUGAUUACAUCCAGGUUUGAGGAGACUCUGGCUGAAGCAUUACAACAACCAGCAAAAAGAUCUGUAACUCGACAUAGUAUAGUUCGUGACACCCGUGACUCAGUUGAUGUAUGACACUGCUGUACAUCAUUCAUUAUUUAUGGCUUAGUUUAAAAUUAAAAUUUCAGUAUUUUUAUAAAAUUAUGUUUCCCAUAAUCCUGCUUUAAAAUCGCUGGUUCGAGCUGCA